AACUGCACCCGACUUGUCUCCCUGCGCCCGACUCGUCUUUCUGCACCCGACUCGCCUCCCUGCACCCGGCCGGGUCAUCUUAGCGCUUCGGGUUGGGGUGUGGUAGCUUCCCUGACCACGCACCUCACUGCCUCCCAUCUCAUCCCAUUGCUCAAACACCUGCUCUCCAAGCUUCGCAUUCGUAUCAUGGCUCGCAAAUCCAUGCUCCAGCGUUCGCGACUUCAUGAUAGACGGCGACUGCCAAGUCCGGUCCAGGUCCCAAAUCAUGUUCUUCGCAAGCCAUGACCUUCGCAAGCCAUGACCUGCGCGCAUGUCAGCUUCGCGCCAUGGAGCGGAACCUGCUUUCCGCCUCGGGACCUUGCUUCCCCCCCUCGGGACCUUGCUUCUACCCGAGGACCUUACUUCGCGAUGCACAUGUCGGCGUAGCUUCCCACUCCAUAGCGCGAAGUGACCACCGGACAGCAAGAUGCAGUCACUGUAUAACAAGAUGCAGACACUGGACAGCGAGACGCAGCCCCAGGUCCACAAUGCGAAGCAGCCACCGGAUCACUGCAGCGGCGCGUCUUCUAGUCAGGUCAAGCGCAGGUCAUCGGGUGUGCUAUCGGCUUGGGGUAGACUGCGUAGGCUAGCGGCGCGACUGCAUGGACUGACGGCAUUGACUGUAUAGUCUAGGUCUGGUCUCCUGACCCUCGAGUAAAGCCCGAUCCCGACAUCGAUGCGCAUCCCGAGCCUCCAGGAAUAAUUUUGACUGCUCAUGAA